AUGACUCCACCUUCCCCUUCACCUGUGCCUUCCACAGUCUCUUCCGCUGCAGCUUCACAACAUUCAUAUGACCCUCGGGAUGGAGAUGCUUCGGUAACACAAGCCAUUGCGGGCAUGAACCUGGCUGCCCACGCAAAAGGAGACCACCUCCCGGCAACCUCUCCCGCCAAACCGACUAGAGCUACCAUGGCAUCUCGUCUCACGCGCAUGUUCUCCAGCUCAGGGAAAAACUCCCCGAGAGAGCAUCAUGAAGGUCCUCGUGACCUAUCGGAUAGUAGCUUAGAAAGUAUCCAGCCUCUCAACGGCAGGACCUCCAAGCCAUCAUCUCAACCCGCCUCCAGACCUCCUUCUAGACCUCCCUCAAGAGGAGAGAAUUCUCGGACACCAUCUCGAAACCCAUCACUCAAGGGUGAACACGCCGUCGCCGUGGAGAAGACUGAUAAGAAGAAGCCGGAUGAUAAAAAGACCAAAGAUGGAGCCCCAGUCCACAAGCGAUUUGAGGUUCUGACGGAAGCUCUUGGAAACCACUCGCAUAACCUCAGAAGUGCUAGACGGCAAGAGAAGCUUACCGAUCUACUGCGGGAUAUGCUGGGUGGCCGGAAAAAGGACGACCAGGUGGAUGAACAACAGCUCUCGCUGAUGUCGACCUGGAUUGAUCAGUUCAAGACGGAACGUGAUAAGCUGGCUGCCGAUAAAAAGGGUGGCCCGAAUGCCACUGCUUCUCUGGUUGACAAGUACGGCAAGUGUCAGGAGAUUGUGGGCCGUGGUGCUUUCGGUAUUGUGCGCAUCUCACACAAGGUCGACCCUCAAGAUUCCAAGUGUGAACAGCUGUAUGCUGUCAAGGAAUUCCGCCGCCGGCCCCAGGAAACGACUAAGAAGUAUCAAAAACGACUGACUUCUGAAUUUUGCAUCUCAUCCUCACUUCGUCACCCAAACGUCAUUCACACUUUGGACCUCUUGCAAGAUGCCAAGGGAGAUUACUGUGAAGUCAUGGAAUACUGCGCUGGUGGUGAUCUGUACACCCUGGUCCUUGCUGCUGGCAAGUUGGAAGUCGCCGAAGCCGACUGCUUUUUCAAGCAGUUGAUGCGGGGUGUUGAGUAUAUGCAUGAAAUGGGUGUCGCACAUCGCGAUCUCAAGCCCGAAAACUUGCUCUUGACCACCCACGGUGCACUCAAGAUUACCGACUUUGGUAACGGUGAAUGUUUCCGUAUGGCCUGGGAGAAAGAAGCCCAUAUGACCGCCGGACUCUGCGGUUCCGCUCCCUAUAUCGCCCCAGAGGAAUACGUCGAGAGGGAAUUCGAUCCCCGAGCGGUUGAUCUCUGGGCCACUGGAGUAAUCUACAUGGCCAUGCGCACCGGACGGCAUCUUUGGCGCGUCGCGCGCAAGGACGAAGACGAAUUCUACCAGCGGUACCUAGACGGUCGCAAGCAUGAGGAUGGAUACGCUCCAAUUGAGACGUUACAUCGGGUAAGAGCAGCUAAUCCCCUUCCUGCGGCUGCAGGGCAAAAACUUAUGACUUCUCAGGCUCGUUGUCGCAACGUGAUUUACUCUAUUCUUGAUCCCAAUCCUUCUCGCCGCAUCAACGCCUCACAGGUUCUCAAAUCCGAAUGGGUACGCCAGAUCAAGCUGUGCAAGGCCGGUGAGGAAGGGUUUUGA